UUAUUUUUUUUUUUUAAGCGGGCGGAAGGAUCUUGCGUUGCCAAGCAGGUCAGAGGCAAGCGUCAAGACGUAAGGCGGGGAAUACGAAGGCGCUUGCGGAUUAUGGUGGGAGGCGGAAGAUGCCGCGUCCGGUGUUGUGGCGGGCUACAGGAGGAGUAACGAAGCGGCGGAGAAGUCCGCACCGAAUUACGUUUAUUAUUACAGCCGCACUAUAUGAAGGGCACUGACAUGUGCUUGGAGAAAUGGCCACAUCCAGCUCUCCGGAUUCUUCCAUCUCCAUCUCGUCACUCCUGGCUAGCUGCAGUUUGAGCAGUAGUCGUAGUGAUGGCGACCGUACCGCAGCCUCUAUACAGUACAAGGACAGACUGUACGACUCUGCAACUAAAGCCCUGGAGGAUUAUAUUGUGGACUAUGAGGCGUCCAGCACCGGGAAGAUCACUGUCCAGCCAUCCCCUGCACUCAUAACAUCUCCCCGAAGAGUUAAUUCCUCAGUUCGGCACAAACGAUCUCUGACCAGGAGCAGAUACGUUCCUCGUGACCCCGACCUGCUAAGCCUGACCACAGAUGAUCUCCUGGGCUUCCCUACCGAUGGAUCCCUGUCCUUCUCUCAAGCCUCUGAGCGGAAAAGAAGGAAAAACCUGAAGAAAGAAUACGGGUUCUCUCCCAAUGUGGCGGCUCUGACUUCUCCAUUAACCUCUUCAUCUCUCCAACGGACAGACAUCCACGCUCUAGACCCUCGAGACCACAGGCUCCGCUUUCAGGAUCUUCAGAAAUGUAGAGGAAAAAGUCAGAGGGAUUAUUUAUUGCGAGAAACGGACAGAGAAAACCAUUCUGGACUUGACAAUAAUUCAACGUCUCUGCUGUAUAAGAGUUACCCGCGCUGGCUGACCAGUCAGAGAUCUGAACUGGGGGUGUCUGGAAUCACUAGUAUUCCUGACGUCAAAUAUCCAGUCUGGUUAAGGGACCACAGACUUCUGGAUGAUGUAGAUAGCCACGUUACAAGGACUCUCCAUAGAGUUGAUCCAGUCACAAAAAUACCCCAGUACCAGUUACCUGGCUGCUCAUCACUCAACUUUUCGGACCAUUCACAGUUAAUUCACUAUGACCAGCGAGGCUACAAAAUGGUUAAUUCUGGCAACCUCACAAACAGUAGAAAGCAUUCUGCCCGGUCUCAUUUGGAUAUCUUAGAGAAUUUACAUACACCUGUGAAAAAUCAUCCUGUGCCAGAAUCAGAACAAGCAGGAGGCAUCAUACACCAAGACACAUCACAGCAGCUUCUGCCUAAUAACCAAAGCCCCCGAACUGAGGAAGUCCUGGAGGCUGAGCGCUCCUGGGAAAAAGUCCCAUAUUCGUACAAAUCCCCUGUCCAUGUCUUGUGUGAAGACGAGGAGAUUAAGAGGCUCAAAGCUUUUAAGUCAAAUCUUGUAGAAGGUUUCCUGAAGGAUUGUGUACAGCAAGAGAAUACGACUAAUUCUUUUUCCGGCGGGGAUCACCACGGUCCUGUAGAGGCUCUGAAACACAUGCUCUACAAUCUGCAAGCCUUCCAGCAAAACUUCAAUCAGGAAACCAGCUCUGAUCAUGUCAAGGAAUUCCAGAAGAUUUCUACAGAGGCAGAGUCUGAAAUACAGAGGGUGGAUCAAGAGAUUUUUCCGGUGAAUAAGUCGCUACAAAAGGCUCUGCAACAUUUAUCUCGGCUCAAGGAGCUUGUAGGAGACUGUGACCUAAAGAAAAAGGAAGACAGCAAGCAAGACCUGCCGACGUAGCAGUGAAUGACUUAAAGGGGUAGUCCAGUGGUGAAAAACUUAUCCCCUAUCCUAAGGAUAGGGGAUAAGUUUGAG